AUGACAGCCAUGAUGCAGUGGCAAUUUAACAGGCAGUUCAGGAAGGACCUUGAAGCUGCUAUGGCCAGAAUUCCAAACUCAGAUGUUGUGGUCCAGCAGCUAGACCUCCCUUAUGGUCCUCCACCAGGAUUGGCAUGGCCAUACCAAGAGAAUCCCCUCAUUGCGCAGAUAGAUGGAAUGCCAAGGCAUGGAGAGAUCCAAGCUGGACAGAGGGGAGGAGCCCUUCCUAUCCAAGAACAAGAGGGUCCAGUUCAGGCAGAGGACCCUGCACCAGGUAAGGUCCAACAAAAUCAGCCAGAACCUCCACCUAUUCCACAAGCUAUGGUUCCAUGUGAUCAGCCCCUGACACUUCUGCUUGACGCACCAGCUGUGUUGCCUUACAGACCUAGAAAGAUGGAUCCCAAUCCAUUUCCUCCACCAGCAAGAGGCAGAAGAGGCAGAGGUGGAAUCAACCCUUUUGCCAACAAUGACAGGAACAAACUAGGGGCAAACUAG